AGAAGCCCUGCUUGAAUCCCCGUCCUGUGUCUCUGGAGAACUCCCACGCUUUUCCGAGUUGUCAGUAGCCAGAGACGAUUCCCACCGGCGCCGACUACUCUGCCGAGUUCUGGUAUUUUGUGUGGGAGUUGCCCUAGUUAUGGGUGACUUUUCAAUUCAGAUUAGCAGCAACCUUCUUAAUCGGCUUGCUGAUGACACCGAAAAGUUGAAGAAGAAAACUAGAAGGUCUAAAGCUAAGGUACCACAGGAGCCUAGACAGCCCCAAACUAAGGUAAACCAGAAGCAGAUUUCUGGUGAUUCUGAACCGUCCAAGGGGGCUGCUCCUCCUCCAGGAUGGCCAUUGCAGCCUCCAUUGUUCCUACCAGUAAACCCUCCUGCACAAUCUACCUACACAGAAUUGGAUGCAAUUCGAUCUGUCAUUCACGAUAGUGAGAGGGUUUUGGAGAGGUUGCAGAAGCAGGAGGAGAACAUGGUGCAGGAAGUAACACAAAGAGCAAAGGAUCUCCGUGACAAGGAGUUCAAGCUUCCAUACCAGAAGCCCAUGCCCUGCUUGGCUGAGAAUGAUGCUUGGUUGGCCUGCUACAAGGAGCAUGCCAAAGACUCCCUGAAAUGUUCGCCUCUGGUUAAAACCUUUGAAGAUUGUAUUCGCAGAGCUAGGCAGCAAGUGAGUUCAGCGGAGAAGUAGACUUGUGGAAAAUUUCCUUCUCACAUACAUGAGUGCAAGCUAAUGUCCAGUUUGAAUGACACCUAGAUUUUUGUGGUACAAAUAAAUUCAAAAACACUCCUUGAUAUCUCCAUUUUUGGGUUGCAUGGUAUGUUUUCUCAGCGUCAUUCACAAUUUUGUUUAAUCUUUUACUUUUUACAUCUCUAAACGAUGUUACUUUUCAUAAAUGUGAUGUAACAUGUUCACUGGAGUUGAGCUUUAUUUGCAUCAGAUGAUGCCGAAAUGUGUCUUUAUUGGAAGGCUAAGAGCUUAAUUUAGGCCCUCCAAGAUAUCGCUGUGCAAUUAAUUAUGAUCACCAACUAUUAUAUGAUUUUGGAUCA